AUGGUGCUGCGGCAUCAAUCUGCCGACUCCACCUCAUCACGCUUCAGCAUAUUUUCAUUAGGGCGGGUGCACAGUGAAGCGGCCAGUGAGGACGCGGAUAGCACUUCUUGGGAAAGAUCGGCCUCGGUGAGCUGUGUGAGGAGGACGAGGAAUGGGAGUGUUGUGUCGAUUGACAAGGAUUUUGAAUGUCCGAAUGCGGACUCGGAAAGGAAGACGAGAUUGCUGGAAUGUUUGAAGAAAGAGGUAAAAAACAUUAUGGAAGAAGCGGUCACAAGGAAAACGAUCGAUUUGGGCUCAAAUUACGUCAACUCGUUAUGCGUCGCCGUAGAGGCCUGUCUACUGGAUGGAUUGAGGAAACGAAUGUUGGGAUUGCUGGGGCAGAGGACCAGCUUUGCACUGCUUCAACAUGUCGCCAAGGCAUAUCCGCCGGCCACCGCGGUGUUGCAACGGGUUGAGGAAAAUUCGAUUGACUCUCAAUGUACAGCACAGUGGUGCUGGAUACGGGAAGCUCUUCACAUGCACCAACUAUCCGUCAUUGUCCAUCAUAUUACUACUUCCACAAGUGCUCGCCGACUCUACGAAAAUCAAGCACUAAUGGUGGAUCGCUCGAAGGCGGGGAUGGUGGCCGCUCUACUGUUAGGACCGUGUGCCGUCACCUUCAAGCGUAUGAGCCAUGGAAAUGAGGAGACGUCCGAUGAAUUGGUCCGGCAGGCGUCGAUUGUCCAGCGGCGGAAUGGGGGACGACAUCCAUUAUCGAUAACGCGUCAAGGUUCUUCGAUCGUUUCAACAUCCGACAGGGCUUCAGUCAGCAGGGAUUACAUAUACUCAUUACAUCAUAAUUUUAAAUCCAUUUUAUUAUAUGGUAAAAAUAAUGUUAGCGUCGCGGAUGCUUCUCUUGAAGAACCUACUAAGGGCUAUCUUUCACUUCACAAACAAACUCAUUCGGGGCUACUCCUCUUAAAAUGGACACCAAACCAAUUAAUGCACGCGAGUUCUCAACCCUGUUCGGCGAGUCGCGAUGGGGAACAGAACUAUCUCUUCAAACAAGCAUUAACAAUCGAUAUCUCGCAAACGAUUUACAUCCAUUUGCACCAGAAAGAUGAGAAAUCCCCAUCGGUGCUCAUUUUCGUCAACACCGAGGGGGUCCAAUCGGCUCCUCUGCAGUUCCCAAUGGGGCAGCAUUCAUUAGUGUUCCUAACGACCCUUGAAUCGGGAUUAGCUCCAUUCUGCCGUCUCGAGCCGCCGUUGUGGACCAGCCAAACGAAGGAAAAAAUACUCCCUCAAAUUCGUCGCAAAACCUCCUCCGCGGGCCCAACAUUGGAUUACGUCUUUAGAAUCGUCUAUAUUACUGGGCCCCAUCGAGUGCCAUCAGAAAUAGAGCCCACAACCCCGCAGAGCCCACCGCUGAAUAAUUGCAUCUCGCUCCCAAACUCUCCCAACAUUUUGAACGGCGAACACAUGGAUAGUAUGGUCAACUUUCAAAUCGGGGAAGCCUGCGAGACGAUGAAGCAGCAGAUAUUAGCUAGGGCAUUUUUUGGCUGGUUAUCUUACGUUCGACACCUACGUACGAUUCGCUCUCACUUAAUGUAUCUAGUCGAGAAAAAACAGCUUGAAGACCAGGGCUGUGGCUUUGUUGAUGAAGCUUUUUGGGAUAAAUGUCGAGCGGAAAGAACUCCGGAACUCGAAAAAGAAUUCCUGCAACGUGUCUACUGGCGUGGCAUCGAAGGCGAUUCCCCCAAGGAUUUGAGAAGACGGUGCUGGCCCUACCUAAUUGGCCUAUUUGCAUGGCAAGAAGAAAUUGAGCCGAAGACCACACAGUUCACCCAAGUCUAUAGGGAUGAUGUGGAAAAAUGGAGAGUAUGGGAAGCUGAGGUGCGGAGAUUGGAUGAAGAAGCAUUUAAUUCGGUUCGUGAACGAAAAGUAUCCGUGCGAGAAGAAUCCAUAACAAGCGAUGUUUUCGAAGAAGAGCCACAUGCCUCUUUCGAAUUGAAGCCAGAAUCGAGCGAGGAGCGACUUUUCCAGUUGUUUUUAACAAAUUUGCAUAGGAUUGAGAAGGAUGUCGAGAGAUGCGAUCGGAAUCUAUUAUUUUUCCAAAAUAAAGAAAAUCUGGAAAGCUUGAGAAGGAUAAUGUGCACGUACGUGGCGAGGAAUUUGGAAGAAGGAUAUAUUCAGGGAAUGUGUGAUAUCCUUGCCCCAUUAUUGGUGGUUUUUGAAGAUGAAGCUCUUACCCUUGAAUGCUUCACAAUCAUGAUGCAGCGAAUGAGGGAGAACUUCCCGCAGCGCGGCGGAAUGGAUGAAAAUUUGAGCAAUUUGCGUUCUUUGAUCCAGGUGGUCGAUCCACAAGUGUUCUCUAUCUUUACAACAUCAUCUGACUUUACACAUUUGUAUUUCUCCUAUAGAUGGUUUCUAUUGGAUUUUAAGAGAGAAUUAUCCUAUGAGGGAACAUUCCGUGUUUGGGAGACGAUUUGGGCGAGUUCAAGAACUGUCAGCCCGCAUUUUCAAUUAUUCUUUGCCUUGGCCCUUGUUACCAACUAUCGCGAUGUAAUUAUUGAAAACCAAAUGGAUUUCACUGAUUUAAUAAAGUUUUUUAAUGAAAUGGCGGAACGUCACGAUACAAACCGUAUUCUGGAGGGUGCUCGAGCACAUCUAACUGCCCUACAACAAUUGGUACUACACAUCCGU